UAUUUUCAUUUCUCAUAUUUAUAUAUCGUUUCUAAAAAAUUUAUGAACAGUAUUGUAGUUAAUUGUGAAUAUACAAAGUUUAAAGGUAGAUUUAUAAUAGCAAAAGAUUUUGUAUUGCAGAAAUUUGAUAAAAAAAAAUGCGACGAUAAAUGGAGAAACUUGUUUGUUAUACCUUACAAAAAAAUUUUAAUCUGCGAAACCUUAUCCCACACGGAUGAUACCAUCACACAAAACCGCGAUGCCGUUGCGGAAGUAAAAACAUCCACAGACUAUGAUCCGAAUGCGAAUAUCGAGGAUUCAGAGGACCAUUUUAUUAAGGGAUUGAAGUUGAAAUUCGUUGUCAGAAAGUUUGGCCAAAAUAAUAAAAAAACGAGUAAUAUCGAUAGUCUAUUGCACCCUAAAAACUGGGUCUGGAGAUUGAGCGAUCCUCUUGAUCUUUACUUCGUCGAUGAGGCACCUAUCAAUUCGAGGGAUAAUUUAUUUCGCCCAACGAUUUAUCUGCUCGUAAAAUGUCUCAUCAAGUUGAGCAAGAUAAUUGACGUCGAAAUAUUCGGCGAUAUGGCCCGAGAGUUAAUUUGCAAUUUUAACCAGGAUCUCGAAUUAAACGGCCACCUUUCCCAAACCCUGAACUAUUUAAGAGCAUUGUCUUCGCCCACGCAAGAUCCAUUGAAAUAUUUGACUAUAAUGAAUCCCAUCGGUGGCAAAGGGGAAGCUCGCAAAAUAUUCGACACGCUCCUUUGCCCAAUCUUUAGGGACGUUAAAAUAGCCACAGAUGUCCAUUUGACGCAACAUUCGGGCCACGCCUUUAAUCUUUUGAGAUACGAAAUGACGAAUAAAAAUUUAAAUUCAUACCAGGGUAUCAUAGUUGUAGGCGGAGACGGAACGUUGAACGAAAUAAUUUCCGCUUUGAUAGAUAGGCAUAACGAAGAUAUGGGCAUCGAUAUAACAGAUUCCAAUGUCGUAUUGAGUUCUCCGCCAUUUAAAAUCGGGAUAAUACCAACAGGAUCAACCAAUGCCACCGCUUUCAGCCUCUACGGCUGCUCAGAUCCUAUCACCGCCGCUCUCCAUAUAGCAAUCGGUCAGAUCCUGCACUUCGAUGUGGGUAUGGUACAUCACACUUCCUUAUCAAAGUUCUCUUCCUCGAUACCCGCAAAGCUAAACAACGCCGACCGGCCGUUCGAGGAAAGCUGUUUUACGAAUAAUAGACGUAGUUAUUUCUUGUCACUGUUGGCUUACGGCUUUUUAGGAGACAUUCUGGCGGUAUUUCAAAGUAAUUCCGAACAAGCUAACGAAAACAAAACGGAUAUUAUUAAUGGAAUCAUGAAUGUUAAUAACCAAAAAAAUCGGACAAGCCCUAAAAAUAAUUCGAGCUCACUCGAAGGACAAAAUAAAAUAAGCGAAGGGAUCGCAAGCGGAAUCGAUACUUUACCCGAAAAUAAAAUUAAAAUAUCCCGUAAAUUAAACGCCCUAAUCAAACCCGCGUUCUCAUUCCUUACCAAAGGUCCCGGUCGGUACAAUCUAGCUGCUGCAAAGAUUAUUCUUUGCUCCAAUCUGGCAUAUCCCUGCACACUUAUUUUUAAAGGUGUAACAGGACCGGUCCACAUAACCGGCCACCCUAAUCCCCUUACGCCUGGUCACUUAUCGGCAAAAAUAAAGACCGCUUACAAGGACACCUUUAUGUCUCAUAGAGGGGAGGAUUUAUGCGUAACACCUUGCAAUAUAUGUAACGCCGGAAAUAAACUCGAUUCAUUUACACGAAUCGAGUCCGAAGCCGAACACGACCAAAUUUAUUACGAUUUAAUUGUGAAAUCGGGUCUAUACGAUUCUGUGAUAAUAAUGCCCAUCAGUGGCCGUUGUUUUAGGACGAGAUUAGGAGUCUCGCCUUUAGCUCAUAUGAGUAAUGGCCUCGCGGACCUGAUACUUGUUAAGCCCUCUCACGCCAAUUCACGCUGUCGUUCGAGGAUAGACUUUUUGAAGUAUCUAUUGAGAGUCGUGAAGCACCAUAAAAACCCGUUUGACUUACCCUAUGUUGAAGUUUAUCGAAUCAACAACCUAAUCCUCUUUCCCGCUUUAAUCGAAAAUUCUGUCGAUAUUUGCGAUGUAACACAUUUACUUGAAUCCGUGAAUGAUAGUCGUUUUGAAGAAAAUGUAACACGUCAAUGCCACCCUAACAUUUACGAUAAUUUUAGUUUCAACAGCAACAAAUACGCUUUUAAAAAAACCGAACCCGAUCUCAAAGCUACUAUAAGUGAAGCCAUUACUAACAAAAAAAGUAUUCCAAAGGAUCUCUCUCGGGUAAUAAAACUUAUCCAGUCUCGAAUCAAAGUCAGUGAUGAUAAAUCGACUCCCACCUCCAGUUGGAACUGUGACGGAGAGUUAAUCCAGUGUCCAUCUUUAGCUUACAAAGUUCAUCGCAAACUGCUUAAAUUCUAUUCUUGUGGACCUGAAAGACUAGAUAUUUAAAACUCGGAUAAAAUAUUUCGCCUCACCCUUAUGCAUUAUUUCAGCAACAAUUAUAAAACUUGAUAAUGAAAGAUAAAUAUUACUCGCGUUGAUGCAGUUGCAAGUUUCACAUCCAUGCGCAUCUUUCACCCGGCCAAAUGGACAUUCCUUUAUGCAAUUCAGGUUUGCACAUCUUGUAUGUGUUCCUAUUUUUAAAAAAGUAUUUUGUUAUUUUUUUUUAUAAAAUUUGCUUUCUUUUAAGUUUAAAAGAAUGUUUAUUUUAUGAUAAUAAUGAUUUCAAUUUACCAAGAUAAAUCUUAAACGGUAAGUUAAAUAUAAUGUUGUGAUUGUAGCACUCAAAUUCGCUCAACUUGAAAAAAAUGUCAUCAAAUAUAUAUUUUUACUCUUGCGACAAUCUAAUUUAACGUUGUUAGCGUCAACAAAUUCGGCUAUGCAUCUACCACAAUUGUUGACUCGGCAUCUAGCGUUCGGGUGUUUUGGACAAGUGGCCCUGAUACAUGGGUUCAUUACACAAUUUACAGGUCUCACUCCGAUCGGGCAUUCUCCAUCUCUUAUAAUUUCUGGAGUCGUGAUUACCAAAGGUUCGAGAGUGGGAAAAGGAUCAUCAGAGAGAUCCUUCGUGGUAUCUCAUUUUGUGUAUUUUUUAAAAAAAUAUAUAGCAAGAUAAGAAUAUAAAUUAAAUGAAAUAUAAAUUAUUUAAUAUGGCUCCAAAAAUUGAAAUUUUUUAGAGUUAACUUACAUGAAGGACAAUGUAUUUUUCGCCUAUUGAUAAAAAAUUCCGCUUCGCAUCUCCCGCAAUCAUUCAUGAUACAUUUCGCAUUUGGAGCUAUGUCACAAAUUAAAUGCUGGCACAAAUCUUGACAUCUUCUCUGGUAUUCUAUUUCACAAUCUUCCAAGAAUAUAUUUAAUAAAAAAAGGACUGAAUCAAAGAAAUAGACAAACAAAUAUUACAUAGGUUUCAGAUUUUGUCAAAAAACACCAAAUCUCUCAUUUGAUGAAAUAUCGAGGCUUAAGGAAAUUAUAAUUUGGCUAAAUCUUUCGAGGUUUUUAGAUAACAACAAAAUAGAUUAUAAAUGGGGAAAAAAAUCGAAAUUUAUAAAUAGACUAUUCUAUUGCUAAAGAAUAGCAUUAAAUUGAUUAAAAAAUUCGAGAUUUGGGUCAGAUUAUAAGCUACGCUACAGCUUGAAUUAUUUUAAAAUAUUAUUAAUUUAUAUAAUGUUAAAGAAAAAAAAGAAAAGAUUAUAUAUUUUUAUACUUUGAGCCAGUAUUGUCCCACAAAAGAGUAACACUAAAAUAGCUGGUAAAAUUUGAUGUAACAUUUUUUAAAAAAAAAUAUAAUUAAUUAGAACCAUUCAAUUCCCUAUAUAUAUUAAAUUUUAUUUUAAAACAAAAAAGUUUAUCUUAUAAAUAAUUAUUAACUGAGAAAAAAAAGUAAAAUUUCCGUUAACUAGGUGUGAAUGUGAUGCGAUAAUAAGCCUUACCACCUUAAUACUAUUAUAUCUUUCAUGUAAAACGUUAUUUUUAUUGAUCAUUCUAGAGUUACCAAUUUUAGAUUAAAUUAUCGUGAUUGACAAUAAAGUUCUUGCUAUUUUUGGAGUUUCAAAGAUUUAUAGAAAUCGUUCCUUUAUCAGACCGACAAAUACAGGCAUGGAUCGAGGUUUUGUAAACGCAUUUAUUAAUCUGGUUUCAGUUUAUCUUUAGAAACAGACCACUGUCUUUUCUAGCACUGGUGUAAGUAGCACUCUCUCAAGACGGCAUGCUCAAAUUAGGUACUCGAGGGAACUCCGCAUCUAAUAUCGAAUUCGUUUCGAAAUAUAAUAAAAAGAAUUGACCUGCAGGAUCCUAACAGUUACCUAAUCCCACACAACAGAGAUGUACCACUAAUGUUGCCAAACUACCCGAUCUUGGUCAAUUUUUAAAAACGACUGUUCCCUCGACUUCCAACCAACGGCAACUAUUCAACCAUUUAUCUCUUGCCUUCAUGCUUCGAGAACCUGAAUUCAUUUCAAAUGGUAUUCAUGCAAAAUAAAGCAACCAUUUAAAAAAAACGCAAACAGGUU